CAGGAUUGUAAAGAAAAUUCUGAAUGAAGAGAAUAAGAUACGUGAUGCCUUAGAUGUCAAUGUCAACACACGUUGUGAAUUGUAAGAUGUAAGAAUGACCUCGGAUGCCAUAAAGAAUGUGGGUUUAUCAUCCCCAGGUGCUGAGAGAGAGAAGUUAAACAAACUACUCAAAAUCUUUGAUGAUAAAGGAUUCAACUUAGAGGACUCUAAAAGACGUGUUCGAUUCAACAGUCCUGCAGACGACAAUGAAAAGGCGCCUAAACUUACUCAGAGAGUGAAGACAUUCUACGUUGAGUCAUGGCCAGAAGUUCAGCUCAAUAAAGAUGGAAGUUUAGUUCGCCCCAGAUCGGGACGAAAUUUAGGUGGGACGCCAAUAACGGUUCACACAGCAACGUUGGUUAGAGAAAUCCUUCACGGCUCGACAGUCCACUCAUUUUGUAGAGAAUGGAAGAAGUCGUCGUUCACUUUCCAGGACCCCACAAGUCCCUACCCCUGGGGAUUACAAACACAGAGGUGCGGAUCGCGAGGUCUAAUUUUAGCUGUACAGGCUUACGUCAUAAAGCAGCUGCUCUUCGACAGAGAAUAUGUUUCAAACAUUCUUGCACAAAGUGCUCUGAAGCCUACCGAGUUUGAGCGGAAGAGGUCUUUGAUUGGCGCCCUCUGUGAGAUCCUAUGGAAAGCAGGGGAUGGUAAGCGGUGUUCUGUCUGUCUGCUCCAGGAUAAGAGAAGCUUCCCACAGGACUACAGACUACGGGACGACAACAUUACAGAAUAUGUUGUCUUAUUUGAGUUCAAAAAGUUCACAGAUCUCUCCACGUUUAUGAGAAGGAAUAUUGAAGAGUUUACGUCUGACAAGAGUCCCGGAUGUAUUCUCUUUUUGUACAGUUUGGUCCUAUCUGCGUCAGUCUUUAAAUUAAAAGAAGAGAUGUUAAUCACGAAUGAAACAAAUUACAAGCUUCUGAAUGACCGAGAAGAAUGCACGCAGGCGCUGAUGAACCUGAUUAUCACCGGUCAUGCAUGUCAUUAUCUACACAACGGAAACCUAGUAUACAGUCAAAAUGGCAAUCUGCUGGACGACGUGGAUCCCGAGGAGCUUGCAAAUCCACUGAAAGGUAUCCAGGAGAGAAGUGAAAUCGGAUUCCUGUUUUGGGACAAAGGAGAAAAUGAUGACGAUAGGACUGAUGUUGGCAGUAUGUUGAAGACUCCAAAGAAACCAAUAUGGCUGACCUCAGUAAAUGGACACCCUGGUCUGCUUUUCAGUACGAAUUUAGACCUUGUCAGUGAUUGGAGGGUUGAGACCAGAUUCUUUCUUCACUACUACACAGGACUUCCGGGUAUCCCAGCAUGCCCGUUACAUAUAGAGACCCGAUUUGGUAGGAAUGCGCUGGGUAGAACAAAACUUUAUAGGCGACAAAAGGAGGAGUCAAUACCACAGCUUGAGAGGUGUAUCAUGACAAAGUGGUAUGGUGCAGCAAUAGACUGGCCUGAAGGUGUGCUACCUUUCUAUUAAAAGACCAGCCAAUCAUUUCUCAUCUAUGCAAUUGCAAUCACUGAUCAUUUACAUGCAGACUACCUUGGUAUAAAAAGAGGCUGUCUUUAUACUGUUUUAUAUUUCAUUUUAUGUAUAUCUCGUCUUUAAGAACUACAUUAUCAAUCAAAAGAGCUAUUUGUAAACAUAAUACUAGUUUUUGACGGAAAUCCAUACCAGGAAUGGAAAAAAACCUAUUUAUUUUAUUAUUAUAUACAUGUUACUAGGGAUGAUGUAAAACUAGUAAAAAAAAUUUCCUAGAAUUGUCUUUACAAACCGGAGACCUUUAUCUUUUCAUAUAGUUCUUCUUACAAAAAAAAAAAAAAAGAAGAAGACUUGUUUAUCUUCAAAGAUAUGACAAACAAGAAGACUUGUAUAUCUUAGAGGAAACAAGUUAUCAGUCUUCAGAGAGACGACGAUUUCUAUGUUGAUAACGUGUUGAAUCAUUUUACGACAAUUAAUAUGGAAUAAAGUCUCAAUAUCAGGAAACAAAGUAUCUUUCGGUGGUUUUUUAAACAAAAUCUAGUCAUAAAUUUCUCUCAAUAUCCACCAUUGUGUACCUCAUAAAAAACUUUUUUCUUGCUGCUGUUAAGGAUAUUUUUUCAAGUGUUUUGCUAUUUAAGUGUUUGUGUGUGAAACAAUGUUGGUUUUUUAUAGUGAUAUAUACAUGUAUGCUUGUAUUUUCAACUGCAUUUAGAGUGUUUUAAGUAAAUUGACUUGUGAUAUAAUCAAAGUACAUCAGCAUUUGUAUUACAUGUAUAUUCUUUACCUCACAAUUAAACAACAAGGAUAUUUCUUACAUAUGUAUAAAUUAUGGGUCUCUGUGACGUGUCUUUUUUUUAAGUCCUAACAAA